GGGUGACACCAGUGCCUUGACGGCUGCAUGGCUGGCAUCGUUGAAUGGAGGACACCCAUGCAAAGCCUCAAAGAGCUCCAAGGCACAAAGCAAUGCCACCGCCGCCGGACUUUGUGAUCUGCAAAGUGUUGUGCCGGACAGCCCAGGCCGCCCAGGCGAAGCGUUCGCGAAGUCAAGCUUGUUCUGCAAGGCUUCCGAACAUGUCCUCCUUCCUGCGGCAGGGCUGGAGUCCGAGACGCAAUGUCUCAGGAGCGGAACCAAACAAUUUGCAACCUGGGAGUCGCAGGUGCAAGAGGUGGUUUUCGGGCGCGCUACGGAUGGCGAGCCGGGAAUGGAUUUCAUUGGACGCUUCAAAGGCUCUGCUGGACAGGGUUCUUGGGAACGAGCGUGUGAAGAGGCACGCAUGCUUCCGACGUCGCCUUCGGCUCGGCGAUUGGGACUGCGAAGGUUUCCCCCUGCCAGACGAAGGAGCGAGUCCCAGGAGGUCUUUGUGCACAGUGAAGGUCUUGUUUCGCCUCCGGUUGUGUGUGGAGUGGAGUCAGAGUUUCAGGGCGUGUUCAAAGACAUGGCAGGAAAGCCUUCCUGGGUACUGCCACUGGAGGGCAAACGAACAGUGGCCAGGGAAAUGGAGAUGCCAGAGGCACCUCUCCGCCUGAGCCACUCGCGAGGCCAGAAACCGACCAAACGCACUUGGCUGCGACAGAUGGAGGCCAUGCUGCGCUUAUCUCAGGGUUGUCGCGCCCGAGGCGCCCAGAGGCCGCCUCUUUGUGGAUGA